AUGCCCAAUCUGACGCCGUUAUUUUUCGAUCUGGUGGGACCGACCGCGCCCAAGAAGGGGCUGCCCAAACAUGCCUUUGACAAGGAGGCCGAUACAGCCAACAGUCUGAUUUCGGAGCUGCAGACGUUUCUCACCAACGUCAGACCGUCGUACUUGUCUGUGCGCACGCUGAAGGAGGGCCGGAACGAAUCGGAGCUAGCGCGGGCCUUGCGGUACGGUGCGCGAGUUGAUUCAAGCGAUUCCAACGACGCCAAUGCGCCAAAAUCGACGUAUAUGACUGACAAGCAGCGAGAUGAGGUGGAUUACGAGACCAAGUCUGCGGUCCAGAAUCUCACGCGCAAGAUCCGGGCGCUGGAAAAGUGGACGGAGGACGAAAAACGCAAGAAAAAAGAGCAAAAGGGCGGCUUUCUGAGCGCACUCAUGAAGGAUGAGCUGCAGGAGGGAGUGGAAAAGACCCAGCAGCAACACAGAGAUGCGGUGCUGUGGUAUCUGAACGACCGAUUGCGAGCCGUCAGCGAGAUGCAACAGACCAUGCAGGAGCAGCGUUUGGCCCGAGAACGAGAACGAGUCAUGAGCAGAAACAACGUCGUGAUAGGCAGGCCUCCUGCACUGGGUGCUAGUGACCAGAGGGAAACCAACACGGCAUUGGACGGCAACGAAAAGAAGACGUCGGAGCCCUUCGAUUCGACAAUCUCGCCUGAAAUGAUCCAGCAACUCGAAUCUGAACAUGCCGAACUACUGGACUCACUACAGGGCAAGUUGGGCAAGGUGCACGAGGCCGAAAAGUCGCUCUACGAGAUUUCCGAGAUGCAGAAUGAGCUGACCAUGCACCUGGCCAGUCAAUCGGAGAAAAUCCAGUCGCUGAUUAACGAUGCCAACCAGACGACUGUGGAUGUUGGAGAUGCUAACAAGAAUCUGGAGAGCGCCAAGAGCAGGAACAGAAAGGCGUCGCGCAUGAUAAUCGGUAUUAGUUUGUUCCUGGCGUUUCUGCUGCUGUUCUACGACUACAUGAUGUGGUAA